UAUGAUUUUUGAUUUUUUGGAGUCAUGCAUGACCUAUAUAUAUAUAUAUAUAUGAGUUUUUGGCCAGUAAGUACCAUUGAUCUAACUUACUGAAGUGAUGAAACGGUUUAUUAUAUCAAAGAGUUUGGUUCUCUCUCUUUUGCCAAUGGAUUUCCAUCUGUCAGUAAUACAGUCCUAUGUGCUAAAGCUUCAAUGCUAUUACAAGCUCAGGCUCGUCUGACCGAGGCAGCUGCAGAUGUUGUGAAACAGUUGCUGCCUGCUUAUGCGAAUAAUGAUCUGUCAAGUGUUUGUACAUGGGCUGAUCGCGUCAAGUUUGCUCUUCGUUGGACGUCUGCUUUUCAUUUCAAGAAACUUGCAUUGAAGGUUAUGGCUGAAAAUCUAUCAGAAGAAGAGAUUAAAGGUCUCAAGGUAAUGUUUGCAAACAUGGACACUGAUGGUAGUGGCACCAUCACCUAUGAAGAAUUGAAGACAGGUUUGGCUCGAAUUGGAUCAAGACUGUCCGAGACUGAAAUAAAGCAACUUAUGGAAGCUGCCGAUGUUGAUGGAAAUGGGUCGAUUGACUAUCUUGAAUUCAUAUCGCCCACAAUGCAUAUGCACAGACUUGAACGGGAUGAGCAUCUUUACAAGGCAUUUCAGUAUUUUGAUAAGGACAAUAGCGGGUGAGUAUUGCAAGAUAGAUGGUAUAUUAUUACCAAUAUUUUGAAAAAAUCUAAUCAUUUUUGUUUGAACAUCUAAAUCACGAAUUUUUUUCUUUAAAAUGACACAUCUUUUUUAUAUUUUCACUGUUAUAUCACUGCCAUUAUUGUAGUUGAGUUCUUCAAUGAAUGUUGGUGACAAACUUUCUAUGAGAAUUUUGUUUUUAUGUUGUU